AAUCUUGCUGGUCCCUUGAAAUAAUUAGGGGUGUAUGACUUUUACACACAAGUCAAGAUGCUAGGUACUUCGAUCACCUGUGCGCGCUCUCUUCACACAGCUACAACUUUCACUCAAAGAAUCAUUCGGGACGACUCUACAAAUGCUGGGCAUUAACAUCGUUCCUUUCCCAUUAUCUCCACGCGAUCGCUUCGUCCUGAACAAUGUCGGUGCUUCCAAAACGAAGGCUAUCGUGCUUGUCACUCCGAAUAAUCUUGAUGGAUCUGUCUAUCCACCUGGAUUACUCGCCAGAUUCGCAGAUCUAGCCAAGACUCAUGGUAUCUGCCUGCUUCUGGACGAAACGUACCGGGACUCGUUGUUUCUACCGAUUCUUCACCGGCACCCCACAAUCUAUUUUCUACCUAGGAUAUCGUGCAUCUCUUCUUAUUCUCGAAGAGUUAUGCCAUUCCUGGCCAACGACAGCGAGCAUCGCAGCCCCCUUAUACCUUUCAACGGCGUUGGACUCGAUACAGCGACACAGAUCGCACUAUCAGAGUCCGAUCUUCUAAUAAAGCUAAGGCCGUGCAGAUGCUGGCGCGGGGACAUGGACUCCUAUCAUCAAAGCUGAUGGGCGAUCGUGGCUCCUUAGAACCUGAACGGCAAGUCGAACUGUUUGCGCCGGGCACACCGGGUAAUUUGCGUUAGUUCAUCGGGGCGAGUGGAGGGUAUUUCGCGUUUGUCCG